GGACCGAUAUUAUAUCAUAGAAGAAGAAGGAGGUACAGUUUGCUUUGUUAACGUUGACAGAAAACAGCUAGGUAGCUAAUAUUCAUUACGGUAAAUCGUCAAAGACAGAAACUAUCAUGAAACCAGCGGUGGACGAGAUGUUCCCUGAAGGCGCCGGGCCUUAUGUGGAUCUAGACGAGGCAGGGGGCAGCAGCGGUCUGCUCAUGGACCUGGCAGCAAAUGAGAAAGCAGUGCACUCAGACUUCUUCAACGACUUCGAGGAUCUGUUUGAUGAUGAGGACCUGCAGUGAAUGAAGGCCCUACAUACACCCAUGAUUACCCGUUUGUGUGUGUGUGUGUGUGAGACUUAAGGAUCCUAAGAACUGUGAAACCAGAACCAUUGUCCAAUGGUGGAAAUGCUUAGGGAGAUCCCCCUCACUACCACUGUGUUUGUUAAAAAUAAAGUAUAUUUUAAAAAGCA